AUGGCUUUCCUAAUGAAAAGUGUGUUGAGCAACCAGGUAAAGAAUUUGGGACUUGGAGGUGGAGGGGAAGAAAACAAAGAAGAAAGCACUCCUUCCGACCCAGCAGCCGCUGCAGGAAUGACCAGAGAGGAGUAUGAGGAAUAUCAAAAGCAAGUGGUUGAGGAGAAGAUGGAAAGAGAUGCAGCCUUUGCACAGAAAAAGGCAGAGAGAGCCUGUCUGAGGGUUCAUCUGAGAGAAAAGUACAGACUCCCUAAGAGUGAAUUGGAUGAGAAUCAAAUACAGAUGGCUGGAGAUGAUGUGGGUUUGCCAGAAGACCUUCAGAAGAUGGUGGCAGAAGAUCAGGUAGAAGAAGAGGACAAGGACUCUAUCCUGGGACAGUUGCAGAAUAUUCAGAAUAUGGACAUGGAUGCGAUCAAAGAAAAGGCACAAGCCACCUUCACUGAAAUGAAACAGGCUGCUGAGCAGAAGUGUUCUCUGAUGUAG